AUGACCGCCAACAGCCGCACUUCAGAGUUCCGCGACUUCGUAAAAGAGAAGGAGAAGGAGAUACCAGAAGUGAAGCGGCGCAAGCUCUCUCGUCCCAUAAAGCGAGCAUCAGAUGAGGAGAAGGACAUUCAAGCAACCUUGAACAGGGAGUAUAUCACGGAGGGCUAUAACAUCCUCAAUCACAUCAAUACGCUCUCGCGUAUGCUAGCCUCUGUUAGGAAGCCGUACCUUAAUGUGGAUUCCAGAAACCCUCCAUUACUUCGCCAGGGGUCCCGUAACAUCGACCUAAGCGGUCCUGACCAACAGUCGUGGGCGAAUAUCAAACAUCUCACGAAUGAAGAAAGAGACCAGAUUGACUUGCAAGCACGGGUCAUCUUCUCUCGCUGCUCAGACCGAAUAAAAGAGAUGGAAGCACUGGAGAGACGACGUGCAGAACUGGUCGCAAGCAGGGUAAACCCGCUUACGCGAUUCUUGCCUGCUCGUCUACGACAAGACGAGACGACCGCCACCUCUGAUUUCGUUGCCGCGCACCACGCGAGCGUAAACUGGUUUCUCAGCCGCCGUCUCACCGAAGCCAGCCAGCUGUUGAAGGAGAUGCAGGAGGAGAGGAUGAAGCGGCAGCUCGAGCGCACGAAGACCCUCGGUUCAGGCGCGGCUCGCGAGGCAAUGUUCAUGACCGACCCGAUCCCCUCGUCGUCUUCGUCGUCGGAAGCGAGCGCACCGACUGGGAGCUGGCUCGGCGGCGCGUCCUCGCUCGCCUCGAGCUUCGCCGCCACCAUCGGCACCCCUUCGCUCGGCGAGGUGUCCAGUCUCCGCUCCACACCGAGGACAGGCUCCUUCAACCUCAGCGACGAGAACCCCGACGACAUGGAGGAGGACGAAGAGCUGGAGCUCUCGCAGUCUCAGAUCAUGCAGUUCGAGAUGGAGAACGCCAACAUACUGCGCGACAUGCAGGACACGCUCGCGUCGGUGCAGCAGGCGGAGUCACGGCUGCUGGAGAUCAGCGCGCUGCAAGCAGAGCUCGUUACGCAUCUGACCAAGCAAACUGAGCAAACCGAGCAGCUGUACGAGGACGCGAUUGCCACGGCGGAGACCGUAGAGAAAGGCAAUGCACAGCUGAAAGAGGCGCGACGGAGAGCGAGAGAUGGCAGGAAGUGGAUUCUACUGUUCUUGAUAGGGGCAAGCUUGUCGCUCUUGUUUUUGCACUACUACUGA